AAUGUUUGAACUUAAUGUGGCCCUCCUUUGAGUUCUAACAGGUUUGAAGUUUUGUAAGGGGAGAAGCUACAAGCAAAUCGGUGAACUACUACACAAAUACAUGUAAAUCUGUGUAACAAGACUCUUUAGAAGAUUUCUUUGGCUGGCAAUAAACAGCUUUCUGAUUCUGAUAUACAGUAGUUUUCCAAACCACAGGGUAAUGUUAUAUAUUUUAGAAUAAACAGAGAUAUAUCAAAACGGUAUUUAAGGGAGCCACAGAUGUAGAGAUUUCAGGAUGACACUCUUCCAGAGCAACUUUGCCUGUCUCUGUGAAUGUCUUUUCUUGCAAAAGUAAAACCAACAGGAAGGCAACUUUGAGUGAGUCUUGAUUGAUUCAUCGGUUCCCAACAUUCUUUGCCUCUACAUACUAUAAUACUCUGCAUUGCCCCAGAGUAGCCAACUGCUGCACCUAUUUAAAACUCAUAAUACUGUAUUUAGCUGGUUUUGUUGCAGAGUCAACACCUGUCGUGCUUGUGAUGUUAGAAUAACAGGAAACCCCCCAUCUUUAUUUUUUAAUAGUGAAGUAUCUUUGUUACUGAGUGUUUCUUUAUUCUCUGUUUUGGUCAGAACUUUCAGUAUUUAUUCUAUUACAAAAACAUAUUCAACGCAUUCAGUUUCAGUUAAAGUUUGUUUCACUUUCCUGUCAAAGCGGUGAAGGAGUGGUCUGGAGGUGGCGACAUGCUCAGUAUAAGUGCUUACAGGUGGAGUAGUGUCGGUAGAUCAUAUCAAACUACAAUUCAGUCCCACAUCCUACGAUGAAUCUUUUUGUGCUGAUCUUUGGGAUUGUGCUUCUCCCUAAAGCCUACACUCUUAAAUGUUUUGACUGUUCAUUUGGAAGGGCUGGAACGUGCACAGAAAACCAAUGCCCUGCAUCGAAUUACCAGUGUGCUGCCAUUCGAAUAGUUGCAUAUGCAGGUGGAUCACAACUGUCUGAUAUCACUGGACAAUCCUGUGUUUUACCUGAAGAUUGUCUCAGUGGCUCUGUCAACUUCGGAGUUGCUAGAACUGUGAUCAACAGCACCUGUUGUGCUACUGAUCUGUGCAACAACCAAACUGCCACAGGCAUCAGCGACCUGGUACCUAAUGGUAAAAAAUGCUUCACCUGUAAUGAACAAAUGAACCAAUGCAAGGAAACUCUGAACUGUGAGGGAAGUGAGGACCACUGCAUCAAAGCUUCAGUGACUCAAGGAAGUGUAAAAACCACAAUGAAGGGCUGUGUCUCCAAAGCGUUCUGUUUGCAAAGUAGCAGCACGAUAGGAUCCAUUGGAACAGACAUCAGCUGCUGUCAGGGUGACUACUGCAACAGCAGCAUUAGUACAAGAGCAGGUGUUCUGCUCCUGGUGGCCCCACUCAUCUACUUCAUUGUGUUCUUUUAACUGAUGGAGACACAAGCAUCACUGCUCAGUUCAUAUCGCCUCUACCUGCAGUUUUUAUGUAGCUUUUAACCAGAUGAUGAUAAUAAAAAAACAAGAACAUCUCUUUUGUUUGUAGUUUAAUUUCCUUUGGUUUAUGUCUCAUUCGCUUAUUUUAUUUCACUUUUGUGUUUUUAUAUUUUUAUUUUCUCACUCUGUUGUUUGAAUUAACCUAAAAUUUCUUUGGUUUGAUGUAAUAAAAUGAAAAACAUUUUUGCCUUCCUGUGUAUAUUUCUGUGUGGCUUGAUUUGAAUAU